GUUGUUUUUAUUGUAGUGGCUCUAGUGAACAAUGGUAGACUAGGGUCAUGUUCUCGAUUGGGGACAGGAAUGGGGGUAAGGGUCAAAGGUGGAAGAUCGACAUAUAGGAAUGGCGUUGGCAUUUUAGUAGAUUCGGAGCUAAGGGGUCAAGUGGUUGAGCUUAAGAGGGUCAACGACAGGAUUAUGGCGAUUAAGUUAAUUAUUCGAGGGUCCACUUUGAACAUUGUUAUUACUUACGCGCUGCAAGAGGGCUUGGAUGAAGAGGACAAAAAGCACUUUUGGGAUGUCUUGGACAAGGUGUUGAGGGCUAUACCACUCGCUGAGAAGCUUUUCAUAGGAAGAGAUUUUAAUGGGCACAUUGGGUUAAUCCCUUAG